AUGUCUCCCGGCGCUGUAGAAACCGUCAUCGCCCCCGAAAACCCGCCUUCCUCGCUAAAGACGCCCGCGAAGCCUGCUUCAGGCUUGUCUAUUCGACAUGAAGAGUACCAGUACCUCGAUUUGAUCCGCGACAUUCUCGAAAAUGGCGAACAUCGUCCUGACCGUACUGGAACGGGCACAUACUCCAUCUUUGCGCCUCCGCAGCUGAAAUUCUCUCUUUCUCGUCCUUCGUCGAACCCGGGAGAAGAAGCGACACCAGUCCUCCCCCUUCUCACUACGAAGCGCGUAUUUCUGCGUGCAGUUAUUGCUGAACUUCUCUGGUUCGUCGCUGGCACCACCUCAUCUAAACCAUUGUCGGAGGCUGGCAUAAAAAUCUGGGACGGAAACGGAUCGCGCGAGUUCCUUGACAGCGUGGGACUGUCUCACCGCGAAGAGGGCGACCUGGGCCCGGUAUAUGGCUUCCAGUGGCGACACUUCGGAGCAGAGUAUGUGGAUGCGAAGACAGACUAUACGGGCCAAGGUGUUGACCAGUUGGCCGAUGUCAUCGACAAGCUGAAGAACAAGCCGUAUGACCGCCGCAUCAUCAUGAGCGCAUGGAAUCCGGCAGACCUGAAGAAGAUGGCCCUGCCCCCUUGCCACAUGUUUGCACAAUUCUACGUGAGCUUCCCGCGCGCAAAGAGGGGCGAGCAUGGCGAGGAGAAGGAAAGACAGGAGAAGGAGCGCGGGGUGCUGCACUGCCUGCUUUAUCAGCGGUCUUGCGACAUGGGUCUCGGCGUCCCUUUCAACAUUGCGUCGUAUGCUCUUCUCACGCACAUGCUAGCGCACGUCUGUGACCUGACCCCCGGGACGCUGACGCAUACCAUGGGUGACGCGCACGUCUACCUCGACCACGUCGAUGCGCUGAAGGUGCAGCUGGAGCGAGAGCCACGAGACUUCCCGGAGCUUUCAAUCAAGAGGGAAAAGGGCGGUAGCAUUGAUGGAUGGGCUGUCAGUGAUAUCGAGGUCAAGGGCUAUGACCCGCACAAGACGAUUGCUAUGAAGAUGUCGGUUUAG